AUGAUCGGUUUCGGAGCAAACAGACGAGGAGGCCGCCUCCCGUCUUUCAUCCUCAUCUUCCUCAUGGCGAUCAUUGCCAUACUGGCGUUCAACUACUGGACCGUAUCCAACAAGCACGGUCGCUUGCUGGAUGAAUUGGUGGAGGUGCAAUCGCGGGUGAAGCGCACGGACGCGGCGAGGAGCCGGCUGGAGAAGCGCAACUCGGAGCUCAUGGCGCAGGUGGACACGCACAGGAAGCAGCUGGACAAGAAGGAUGGAGACUACAGCGUCAUGGAGGGCAAGUUGCAGGCCCGAGACGCACUUGUCAAAAAGUGCACUGAUGAAAAGGUUAAGCUACAGGGUGAGCUUACAACCCAAAUGACAGAAGUGCAGAGGCUAAAAGAGCACCUGAAUGAUUUGAAGCAGGAAUUCAUGAAACAGGAAGAUCAGAUAAGAGAGGUUAAAAAGAAUAGAACCACAUUGGAGAAAAAGCUGGAAUAUGAAAGUUUACAGUGUGGACGUCAGAUUGCACAGUUAAAAAUGGAGUAUGAAGAAUCAAAGAAAAAUCUUGAAGAUGAAGCCAUAAAGCCAAGACUGAACGCAAUUGAUGGCAAAAAGGGUGUAUUGGCCGGAAGGCAUGCUGAGGGAGCUCUGGGUCUGACUGAAGAGCGCCAUACAGCAGCAACUCAUCGCCGUGAUAGUCUAGAUUUAAAAGAUAUGAUGGGUAAGCCAGGCAGUGAUGCUGGCAUGCCUGGUAUUGAAGACAGUGAGGUGGGGAAGCUUGAUGAAAUUCAAUUCGAAUUGAAGAAACCAGCCAUCACUCAGAAGCGCGAUGAAGUCAAUGAUGUGGUAGUGGGUGCUGGUGCUGGACCAGGUGUUGGGGCAGCUGAUGGCCCAGGGGCACAGGGCUUAUCUCUUGACCAGCCUCUGCUCCAGCAGGACAGAGGAGAAGGCCAGGCAGCUGUGAUUGCUGCCCCAGGUGUCAUUAAACUGGCAGACAAGCCAAUAGUGUUUGAAGAAGACAACAAAUCAGAUAUCAAAGCAGAUGAACUGGGUGAACAGCAAAGGCAGCUUCGAGCCCCAGAUGUCAAAGGUGGAGGUGAACGCUUAAAGGGCAUUCCUUUGCCUGGUAACCCUGUCCAGGUACCCAACCCCAUCCAACCACACCGCAAAGACCAAGUCCCAGGAGGGGCACUCCACCAUCAAAGCCGGUUCUUUGACGAGAUCGAGUCCCCAGUAGAUCCGCAACAUGGCUCUAAGCUAGCGGACUACAAUGGGGAUGAUGGCAAUGUGGGUGAGUAUGAAGCGGACAAGCAGGCUGAGCUGGCCUACAAUGAGGAAGAGGAUGGUGAUGGUGGGGAGGAAGACGUUCAAGAUGAUGACGAUCGAGACAUGCAGGGAGAUCGGGCUGUGGAUUAUGGAAAGCGACAUCAAGCCAUUGACAUUCUCUGA